AUGAUCGUGUUGAAGAGCUCCGAUAAUAAAUCGUUCAAGAUCGAAGAAGCGGUCGCACUCCAAUCUCAAACGAUUGCGCAUAUGGUUGGUGACGAUUGCGAUUGCCCCAAAAUCCGGCUUGAAAACGUCACGGGCAAAACCCUCAGCAAAGUGAUCGAGUACUGUAACAAGCACGCCUAUGGUGACUCUUUCUCCAAGGAGGAUCUCAAGCAAUGGGACGCCCAGUUCAUGAAUAACAUCAUGGAUCAUUCCACCAUCUUCGAUCUACUUGUCGCUGCUAAUUAUCUCAACAUCAAAGGUCUGCUUCAUCUCACUUGCCAAACAAUUGCUCAAGAGAAGAAAAACUUGGAGAAAGUGAUCUGGAACUAUAAAUGGAUUUUAUUGAGGCCAGACAGCACAGAAUUCAUGGUACGUGAUUUACCAUUUUACCAACGAACAGCUAAACUUUUAGAAAGAAGAAUCGAACCAGUACGGGAGCUACUAGCUUCUGUCGAAGCAUCUGUGGAAGCAUGUGUUGGAAUAAAAGAGACUUGUUCUCUUUAG